AUGCUAGCCGCCAAGUCGAUGGUUGGCCUCUUCCUCCUCGUCCUCUUCGCUCUGAGUAGUCGUGAGUCUAACGCAGAGGAGGCUGGUGAAACACCGCUGGAUGUCUGCGCGUCCUGCGAUGAGUCAAAGUGUCCCCCCGUGACCAUGUGUCCCGUGGGAGAGGUAAAAGACUAUUGUGGCUGUUGCUCGGUCUGCGGCUUAGAGCAGGGACAUCGAUGCAAUACGAGACAGGAAUUACAUGACAUGCUCUCGGGCAGACGACGUCACGGCUACUACGGCGCCUGCGGCAAGAACCUUGAAUGUCAGCCUCGCACUGACGUUGAUGAGCAGUCACUGGGUGAGGAGAACAUUUGCGUGUGCACCAAGCCCGGUCGUUUCUGCGCCAGCAACGGAGAAACCUACUCGGCUUGUGAGUUGGAGGCCGUGCAGGCCAAGUCGUUUGGUGAGGUAUUCCUCAUCUCCUAUGACGAUUGUAAAUCAGAGCCGAAGAUUGUAGCCGCAUCGGAGUCGCAGCGAGUUCCCGAAGGAAACAGGACAACCUUCUGGUGCGAAAUCAAGGGUUAUCCCCUUCCAACAGUCACCUGGUAUUACUUUGCUCCCGGUGGAUCAUAUGAGGCCAUUCUACUCCCGGGGGACUCUGAUGAAAUGAGUGUGAGUCUGCGUGGUGCGCCACCGGGACGUCGCAUAAUCUCCCACCUGCAGAUCCGGAGAUUCGACAUCAAAUACGAGGGCAUCUACCAGUGCUACGUAGAGAACGAUCUCGGAAGUGACCGCCACAAUAUCACCGCCAUCUACGCUCCACCGGAGCCUCGGCCUCGAGAUCUCUAG